GCACAACCCUCCGCCAUGGCGGCGGCGAGCGGCGGCAGCGGGGCCGGAUCCUGCUUCGUGCUGGGGGCCUCGGGGGCGACGGGCCGGGCGCUGCUGCGGGAGCUGCAGGCACGGCGGCUCUUCGCCAGGGUGACGGUGAUCGGGCGGCGCCGCCUGAGCCUGGCCGAGGAGAGCGGCACGGCCGUGGAGCAGGUGGUGGUGGACUUUGAGCGGCUGAGCGAGCACGCUGCCGCCUUCCGGGGCCACGACGUGGGCUUCUGCUGCCUGGGCACCACCCGGAGCAAGGCGGGCACGGAUGGCUUCGUCCGUGUGGACCGGGACUACGUGGCGCAGGCAGCAGAGCUGGCAUGGGCAGGGGGCUGCAAACACUUUGUCCUGCAGUCCUCGCAGGGCGCCAAUGAGCACAGCCGCUUCCUCUACCUGCGGGUGAAGGGAGAAGUGGAGAAGCUGGUCCGGGCCGUUGGCUUUGAUCGCUGCACCAUUCUCCGGCCAGCGGCCAAGGAGAUCAAGACUAAGCUGGGCACACUCCUCCAGAAGCCCGACUCGGCCAUCGACUUCAUCGUCCCCUACCCAGAGAAGCCGGAGAAGCCGGCCAAGGCCCAGAAGCCAUCCCCGGAGGAGGCUCUGCAGUGGCGUGACUCCCUGGAGAAGCUCCUGCAAAACCCCUACGGGCUCGCCAGCUUCCGCAGCUUCUUGCGCUCCGAGUUCAGCGAGGAGAACGCCGAGUUCUGGGUGGCCUGCGAGGACUACAAGAAGACCAAGUCCCCCGUGAAGAUGGCGGAGAAGGCUAAGAGGAUCUACGAGGAGUUCAUCCAGACCGAGGCGCCCAAAGAGGUGAACAUUGACCAUUUCACCAAGGCCAUGACCAUGAAGAACCUGGUGGAGCCAUCGCCGAGCAGCUUCGACAUGGCCCAGAAGAGGAUCUUUGCCCUGAUGGAGAAAGACUCCCUGCCCAGAUUCGUGCGGUCGGAGUUUUACCAGGAGUUAAUCAAGUAGCAAUGCGGCCUGGCUGUGCGAGGCACUCCCUGCGGGCGGCCCUACUGCUUCUGUCUCAGCACCUACUCCUCCCGUAGCCGCUUUGCUUUCCUGACACCACCCUGUAGGAGCACCCAGGAGUGUUGCUAAACACCUGCCCCAGUGCUUUGGACGCUCGGAAGGCCCGACAUCUCCUCCCACAGUCUCCUUCCUCCCCUGCAGAAGAGCAGCUACCAGGAGCCCCCGGGGAUGCCCAGCAGCCACGCAGCCAUAGGGCAGAGGUGGCCAUGUGCCGGGACGGCUGCGAGGCAGCCCGUCUGCUCCCCGCUGGAGGCAGUACGGAGGAUGAAGCACGAUUGACUCGUUCAAAACACCGGGACUGUUUAGCAACGCAGCCCUCCUGCCCGCUUGUGUUACGUACCGAGCUCGUAGUCCCCACCCGUGCUCCCAGAGCCCGGAGCCACGCCACCAUGGUGGCCGGCACCGUGCUCAGUGGCACCUUUGGGGAUGCUGCUGCAGCCGCUUCCCGCUCCGGUUGCUUCUCUCCGCAGUAGGCACGCCAAAGCCAUCCUUCUGCACAAACCCAGACCAGGGGCGCCGGUUAGAGGGGAGAAAGUCAUGCUGGGGGAGAAGAAUGCUGCUGAGCAAAACUGGUCAGAGCCAAUUCCAGGGGAAAAGAGAAGAAAAGCAAA